AUCAAAGCCAUAGAUUUGAACUCAGUCACAGAAGUUGUUGACCCGCAGAACCUUACAUGUCCAUGGGAUCUUGACUUUCGCCCACCAAAAACUGUGGUUACAGCUCUCACUCACAUGAUUUCUGACUUAGAAAGUGUCAUUGAUGAUGAUUCCUGUGUCUGUGCUGUCAACCUUGGCUCUCAUGGGUCAUUUGCAAGAGCAAGCAUUGAUUUGUGGGACAAAACUUUUAAGGUUGAUGAAAUUUCCCGUGAGGUUAAUUAUGAACAUCAGUGGCUUAGUGCUUCAACUCAUAAAACACUAGCUAUAAAAAAUGUCCUUGGAAAUUUACGCCCAGAACAGACUGUUUUGAAACAUGAUCAUUUAAAUCUCGAUGCCACAGAUGUGUCUUCACUUGUUGGGGAGAGGUAUGUCUCUGGAUUUUGCUUAAGUGUCGUGUGCCUUAAGUUUCUCGAAGAGGUAAAAUUGCAUGGAAAUACUGGUGUGGUGUUUUUACCCACAUUGACACAAAUGUGGAUAUUGUCACUUGCAACCUCCAAGGAACUACGAGAGAAGCUGAUAAACUACAUAGCCAUUGAGGAUUUAAGGAAUCUGUCUCUAGUUCUACUGCCACUACACGUGAAGCAAUGCCACUGGGGCUUACUGUGUCUUGAUGUGGGUUCCAAGAAGCUCUUCUAUGACGAUGGUCUUCAUUGGGCACCACCGAAUCAGGCUGUCGAGCUAACCAAGAAACUUCUGGAUGCACUAAAGGAGAUGUCCCUUGAGUUUCAGACAGGAUUCACACAGGAUUUCGAAAAAGAUAAGUGGGAUCUUUCUUUUACUCGAUUUGCGAUGCCAGACCAACCAAAAACUGGUGUUGGUUCUGGGAGUUGUGGUGUUGGAGUAAUUUUGGCAGCUAAAGAUAUGUUCAUUCAAAGAACAUCAUUGCCAACAUUUUUCUGGACAUUUGAUGAAAUGGAAAAACACCGAAAGGAGAUACUGUUUAAAAUUAUCCAGUGGAUGAAGUAGACAAAUGUAACAACUCGGACUUUCAAAGUAACAGUUUUUAAUUAUCAAUUUUUCCCCCGUGCCUUCCAGGUGUCUCGCCCGAAGGCAGCAGGAUUACUAGGUGACUCGCCCGUAGUUCUGUGAAAAAUUGUUAAUUAUGUUUCAAAAGAGACUUCCUUUGCUUUCUAGGUGUUUCGCCCGAAAGCAGAAGAAAUACUAGGUGAUUCGCCCGUAUUUCUUUGAGAAGAUUCUCUCAUGUGAAACAUUCCCUCGUGCCUUCCAGGUGUCUCGCCCGAAGGCAGCAGGAUUACUAGGUGACUCGCCCGUAGUUCUGUGGAAUGUUUCAUAACUACCCAAAAUGGCCCAA